GUGGUGCAUUGGAAGGGAGAGGGGUUUGAGGUCAAUAAUGGAUUUUGGAUUUUUCACGAAUUUCGGGUUUGCCUAACACUUUUAAAAGGAAAACCCAACGACUUAUCUUCAUCAAAGUUUCAUCAAAGAUUUUAACAUCAAGAAAAGCACAAGCUCUAUAAUUUAAAGAACAGGUCUUUAAAGCGAAUCCCUUUAACUUAAAAAAAAAACCUCAUUAAAUUAUUCUUAUUUUUCUGGUUUGGCUGGAGUAGGUAAAGACGACCGAAGAUCAGGAAUUCUCAGGCUUGCAUCCGGCACCACUAGGUUAGCUACAUUACAGGGCAUUCGCUGCAGGCAAAUUUGGUCCCCGCGAAAGUCUUCACGUUGUGAGGAUUUAUGGGACUCCCCUGCUACGUUCAAAUACUAAUAAAAAUAAUAGCUAAUGUUGAGUGCUUGCUAGGUAUUAAAUGUCUCUUAACCAGUAUCUGAAUUAAUCCUCCCCAAGCUACAGAAUGUGUUGGUACUAUUGGCUCUAAAUUAUGGGAGGGGGAACAUUGGGGCAUAGAAAGUUGUGUGUUUCCCAAGGUCACCAAGCUAGUAAAUGCUAAAGAGGUGAUUUAAAUCCAGCCUGAACUCCUACAGCCGUUCAGAGCAUUCUUGAGAUAAGAUCAUACAUUUGCUUCUGCCCCAGUCUCUAUUCACUAGCAUUUAGAGGCUGAGCCAGGAGAGGAUAGUAUCCACCUUUUGGACACACCACUAUUAUGUCUGGGAUUUAACAGGAAGUGUUGAUGUUCCUUUUUCAAAUUUAGUGUGUUCUGUUAAAUUUUACAAAUAUUUGACUUUGGCUAAUUUCAGGAUCUUGAAAAUCUGCCUUUGCUCUUUCAAAUGAUAACAUAUUAAAAUGUUUAAUUUUUUUUUCUUUGAUCCCCCAAGCUGUAAGGAGAAAUAGGAAUAGGAAAGUGGAAUCCAGUACUUAGGAAGAAAUUCUCCUUUGACUCAGGAUUCCAUAGUGGGAUGAUGAAGUUCUUCCUCUGGUAACUUUAGUAAUCUUAUUUGAUGUGUCCCAGAUUGGGGUGUGUGUGUGUGUGUGUGUGUGUGUGUGUGUGUGUGUGUGUGUAGUUCAGGAGGGCAUUGGGAUUAAAAUAAAGUGGUGGAAAGUUACAUACUUUCAGUUAUAGGUAAGUCCUGGGGAUGUAAUGUACAACAAGAUGACUAUAUGUAACACCGCUGUAUGGUAUAUUUGAAAGUUGCUCAGAAAGUAGAUCCUAAAAGAUCUCGUGGGGAGAUUUUGUUUUUUAAACUGUAUGAGGAGAUGGAUGGUAACUAAACUCAUUGAGGUAAUCAUUAUACAAUUUAUAUAAGUCAUUAUACUUUGUAUCUUAGACUCAUACAGAGCUGUAUGUCAAUUAUGUCUCAAUAAAACUGAAACAAAAAAGUCCCAAAGGCAUUAGAACACAGGAUUCCCUAUGAGCCCAACUUGCUGGAAACAGUCCUGGGAAAAUAGAGAUUUUCCCCUUACUUAUCGCAUUCUUUGAACUUGGCAAACAAGUUUUGAACACCCGGUAACAUAAUUUUUCAUGUAAAUUAGGCUUCUGAAAUGUCCUCCAGUUUCUGCCACUGUCAGAGAUUGGUGUAACAAAAAAAAAAAAAAAGUUUUUUAACUGCAAAAUGCAAACUCUGCUUUCUCUCCGUUUCUCAAAACAGAGACAUGUGUAGUUAAAGAAAUUAUUUCUCUGGUGGCAUUCUUUUCGUAGAAGGCUUGAAUAAUUAUCACCCAUGACUGAAGUUCCCCACAGUUUCAAAACUGAUCCGGUUCUGUUUCAGGUAGCUAGAAAUGAUUUAGAGUAGGUUUCAUAUAGCCCUAUUACUAUUUGUUUCUUGCUUGAGUGAAUCAGUAUAAUAGUGGUAUAAACAUGAUAUAAUAACAUAAGAAGAACGUUUGCAAAGAGGAUUUCAAAGAGGUACAUAUUGGUUCUUAGAAAGGAAGUAGGGAUAAGCUUAAAGGUCAUAAUUAAAAUCUUUCUAGGGAAACCAUAGCAUUCAGUGGUAAGAUUAAGAACCACACUACUGAAAUGUAGCUUGCAGCCUGCAACCCAUUCAACUGGCAUUAAAUUGGUAGCUGGUGAAAUAAGUAUUUUGAGUUGAAUUUUAAUUCUAAUGUGCCUGGCAAAGCAGAAUUGCGGUACAUUUCAUCUUUAUAGAUACAAAAUUGGAGUGCACUGUGCUAUUAGACAUGUGUUCUUAUUCACUAAUAUUAGUCAUUAAUUUCCAAACACACUGAGCUCUUACUAUACUGAGGAUGUGCACGAUUUCAUUCAAUAUUCAAAACCUAUCAAGUAGCUACGAUUAGUGUUUUUUUACAGAUGAUGAAGAUGAAGGUCCAAGAGGUUAGAUACCUUGCCCAAGAGCCAAAGCCAGGGUUUAAAUAUAGUGCCAAGAGGGGCAGGCUGGAGCGAAGCUGUCCCUAGAGCCUGCGGCCGCGGCGAGGGUAACACGCCGCGCAGACGCCGGGAGACCAUGGAGGAUGCGACCAGGACCUUUGGGAAAGGAAGCUGCCCCCCGGGGCCCGUCCCAGAGGGCCUGAUCCGCGUCUACAGUAUGAGGUUCUGCCCCUUUGCGCACAGGACGCGCCUUGUCCUCCGGGCCAAAGGCAUCAGACAUGAAGUAAUCAACAUUAACCUGAGAAACAAGCCUGAAUGGUACUAUACAAAGCACCCUUUUGGCCAAAUUCCUGUCCUGGAGAACAGCAAAUGUCAGUUGAUCUAUGAAUCUGUCAUCGCCUGUGAGUACCUGGAUGAUGCUUAUCCUGGAAGGAAGCUGUAUCCAUAUGACCCUUAUGAGCGGGCUCGCCAGAAGAUGUUAUUGGAGCUAUUCUAUAAGGUCCCACAUUUGACCAAGGAGUGUCUGGUGGCCAUAAGAUGUGGGAGAGAAUGUGCUGAUCUGAAGCUAGCCCUGCGUCAGGAAUUCUGCAACCUUGAAGAGAUUCUUGGCUAUCAGAACACCGUCUUCUUUGGUGGAGACUGUAUAUCCAUGAUCGAUUACCUCUUUUGGCCCUGGUUUGAGCGGCUGGAUGUGUAUGGAAUAGCUGACUGUUUGAACCACACGCCAGCUCUCCGGCUCUGGACAGCAGCCAUGAAGCAGGACCCCACAGUGUGCGCCCUUCUCAUAGAUAGGAGCAUUUUCCUGGGCUUCUUGAAUCUUUAUUUUCAGAACAACCCUGAUGCUUUUGAUUAUGGGCUAACUUGCUGAGUCUCAGUCUCCCCCUUCACAUCCAGAAUUCCCAAGCACGUCGUGACUCUACAUCAGGGAUUGUUUUGGUGGGUCAAUCAAUCUCUGUUCAUUUUCUUUGAGGUUCUCAAUAAAUGUGGAGACAGAAAAUGUA